UCAAUCUCUCCAUCAAAAAACAUAGAAACAAUCUGAUCGUUUGUUUCUGCUUCUUCAUCAAAUAUACGUCACGAUGCUUCCUUUCUUCUUCUUCCUCUUAUUAACGUUCUCUAUCUCUCAAGCUCUCCCUCCUCCUAGAGGUUUUUACUUAAACUGUGGAUCACCUUACACAACGAAACUCAACGAGAUAAACUACACAUCGGACAGAGGAUUCAUCAACGUAGGAAACACGACAGCAAUAAAACAAAAAGACCUUCUCCCAAUCCUCUCGACACUGCGUUACUUCCCAGACAAGUCAUCACGAAAACACUGUUAUAACUUCCCUGUCGCCAAGAACUCCAAGUACCUUAUCCGAACCACUUACUACUACGGCAACUUCGACGGUAAAAACAGCCCGCCGGUGUUCGAUCAGAUCAUCGGAGGCACAAAAUGGAGCGUUGUGAAUACAUCAGAGGAUUACUCCAAGGGCCAGAGUUCUUAUUACGAGAUCGUUGUUGGUGUUCCUGGGAGGACACUAAGUGUUUGUUUAGCUAAGAAUGCAAAGACUCUCUCGUCACCUUUUAUAUCGGCUUUAGAUGUGCAAUCUCUUGAGGAUACAAUGUAUAACUCAACUGAUCUUGGGUUAUACAAGCUCAGCCUCAUCGCUAGGAACAGCUUUGGAGUAGAUGGAGAUAUGAUUAGCUAUCCAGAUGACCAAUAUAACCGUCUAUGGCAACCGUUUUCAGACAAGAAGCAUCAGACGGUGACUUCUCAAAGCAGUGUUAACCCAUUAGACUUCUGGAACAUUCCACCUGCUAAAGCUUUCAUGGAAGGCUUCACAGUGACUAAAGGGAAGGCUCUAGAGCUUCAAUGGCCGCCGUUUCCUCUUCCAGCCACAAAGUACUAUAUAGCUCUGUAUUUUCAGGAUGAUAGGAGUCCAAGCCCCUUGAGCUGGAGAGCCUUUGGUGCAUCAAUCAAUGGAGCUACCUUUUCAAGAAAACUCAACGUGAGUACCAAUGGGGUUAUGGUUUACUCAGGUCAGUGGCCAUUGUCAGGUCAGACUACGAUCACGUUGACUACUGCUAAAGGUUCACCUAUGGGAGCAGUGAUCAAUGCUGGAGAAGUGUUUCAGGUUAUUCCCAUAGGUGGAGCCACUAAUAUAAGCGAUGUUACUGCGUUGGAAGAUUUGUUAGAGAGCAUCGACGAGCCUCCUGUAGAUUGGUCCGGUGAUCCAUGCCUUCCUCUUCCCAACUCGUGGACUGGUGUAACUUGCUCCAAAGAAAAAAUCAACAAAGUGAUUUCUCUGAAUCUGACAAAUCGUGGACUAGCGGGCUCUCUACCACCAAGCAUUAGCAACAUGACUGCACUUAAAGAUCUAUGGUUAGGGAAGAACAAGCUCACAGGACCGAUACCAGAUUUGAGUCCAAUGACGAGAUUAGAAACUCUACAUUUAGAGGACAACCAGUUCAAUGGAUCGAUUCCAGAGUCACUUGCACAGCUCCCUAAUCUCCGCAUACUGUCCAUCAAGAACAACAAGCUUCAAGGUACAAUUCCUAGUGCACUCCUCCAGAGAAAGGGCCUAACUAUUCAGGCGUCUCCUGAGAACAUGGCAAGCACAAACAACACCGGGCCGAGUUAGGGUUGCUAACACCGAUCGGAUUCAAGUGCUCAUUAGUGAUAGAUCAGGCAUCUGUAAACUACAGAGUCAUUUGUCUUGGCCUCUAAAACUGAAGUACACAGAUCUCAUGGAAGAAGGUUUAAAUCAAGGAAGCAUCUGGGCCAUGACAGUUCUACUUCUAAAUAACUGUAUUAAUUCCUUUUUAGUUCACGGAAACCAUUUGCAUAUAUUCUUGAACCACUGUUGACCUGUAGAGUAACUUGAAGUAAGAGAUUGUAUUACCGCUUUAUAUUCUCUCUGGGGAAAAUUGAAACAACCUAAACACAAAAAAGAGUUCCUAGAGUUUAUGGUUGCUCAAGAUCUGAUACAUAUAUAACAGUAGUUUCCUAUUUUGGGUAGUAUUGAUAAAAAGAAGAAGCCAUUAUCCGAACAAGAAUCAGUAGUCUCUGUCUGUCUAUAUCUCCAAUCAGCUUGUUUGGGCCAAA